CUGUGUCCCUCGGACACAGCGGAUCACCGAUCACGGAAAGAGCCAGAGAUGUCGGCUCGGUCAUGUGAUCAGCUGUGUCCAAUCACAGCUGAUCACUGCUGGAGAGGAGAGCCGGUAAUCGGCUUUCCGCGGAGGGGACAUGUACACUGAUCAUCAGUGUGCCCUGAUGAUCAAUGUAGCCCCAGCAGUGCCACCUGUCAAAGUCCAUCAGUGCCGAUCAGUGCCGAUCAGUGCCACGUGCCAGUGCCUAUCAAUGCCACAUAUCAGUGCAUACCAGUGCACAUCAAUGCCACAUAUCAGUGCACAUCUGAGCUGCCUUUCAGCGUCACCCAUCAGUGCCACCUAUCAGUGCUGCCAGUCAGUGCCGCCUAUCAGUGCCAGUCAGUGCCGCCUAUCAGUGCCUCCUAACAGUGCCAUAUAUCAGUGCCAUGUAUCAGUGCUGCCUUUCAGUGCCCAUCAGUGAUGCCUGUCA